AUGCCGACUGUUACGAGAUCCGGAGGAAAACACAAUUUGCCAGAGGCAGCUCCGCCGAAGGUUGUCGAUGCUACUAAGAAGCAAAAGUCGUCCGGCAAAGCAUUGACCAAGGUCCAACAGCAUCAAAUCCUCCUUGAUAUCGAGAAGCAUCCGGGCUGCCACUUCAAAGAUUUGCUCAAGACUUACCCUGACGUCUACGGAGUUGGUGACCCUAUUCAGACAUCUUAUCGCAAUCGGUUCAACUAUCUGAAGGACCUGAAGAAGGCCAAGCCGAGGCAGUACUGGGAUUUGUAUUCCAAGGCAGGCAAGGUUGUGCUUGUGGGUGAAGAAGGAGACAACAAGAAGCAGCCAGCAACAGAAGAAGGAAAGCAAGAAGAAGUCGAAGAAGAAAUAGUUGAAGACGUGGUUGAAGAAAACACGGCGGAAGAAGACGCGAAGGAAGAAGACAACGAAGUCCAGCCUGGUGAAGAAGAAGCCUCUACCAUCUCAGAAUUGACAUCGCCUACAUUUGGAGCUAGUGGUCACGGUCCCAUAAAAAAAAGAGCAGUCAAGAAGAAGAUUGCCGACACUACGCCAAGAAAGAAAAACACCAACCCCAAAAUGCCAUCAUCAUCGUCGAAGAAAUCUUCUGCAUCAUCCAAGUUCGGCUCCCCUUCGGUCAGCAAAGCCAAACGAUACUGCCAGUUUGAGAACAUUCAAGAGGCCAAGUCAUAUGCUGAUGAAAUAAUCGAAGUUGAUUUUGAUUUUCCCGAAAAGAAUGGUGGCCCUCUCUUCUGGACUCAACAUGUUCCAGAGUGCAAGUCUCCUGAUGGCUCGGAGUUGAUUGACAAGGUCGUGAUCCGCAUGAAUGCUAUCAUUGAUUUCUCCGAUGCUCAUCGCUUGCAAGGGAAAACAGUUGCCUAUGGAGCUGGCUUCAUGCUAACAGUUCCUUGGGCUCCCGCUUUCAUGCUCGAGCACCACAAGAAAAUGUUCAAGAAAGAGAUCAAGCCAUGUGAUCGUACCCGAGACAAGCACGCUACUGUGGCCAAUGCUAUCCUCAAGUCUGAGAAUCCGGAGCAUGGAUUGGAGCCACGUCGUUUCAAACAUGUGCUUUUCGUAUUUCCAGAUAGCAUGAUUGUUUCCACCAAGCUCGAAAGUGGGGAAGAGCCAGUGGCUGAUCAGAAGCUCACUAUUGGUCUCCGCAUUUUCACUGUCAAGAAGACAACGGUUGGAGAGGGAGCUGAUGAAGAAGACAUGCCACAGACCUUCUGUCCUGGUGUGUUUGAAUUCCGAGUGAUUGAUGAUGAAGCAGAGAGUGAGCUUAAACGCAAGAAGAAAGCCAAGAAGAAGGGACAAUCUUUGAAGGAUCUCUUUUCUGGCAUGAAAGUCAAUGAAGAAGGUGAGCCGGACGUCGAUGACGAUUCUAGCAGUAACAGCGGAUCUAGUGCUGCUUCUUCCACUGGCACCAAACCAUCAUCCCCUAUGGGAGGAGGCAAUGAAAACCCCAUGGAGGAGCUCUAA